UCCAUCCUGAUGGAGCGGCUUUGUUUGGUAGCUUGCUCUACUUUAUUGUGUUGCUGUUUAAUCAGACGCAGCUAAUACUGCAGAGCUGCUCUACUUUUCUCUACUCGUAUGUCUUCUAACAGUCGUUAUUAACUUUACCGGGAGUUUGUUAUUGAACGGUAACCAUACCAGCGACAGCUAGCCAGUUAGCUAGCAGGCUAGUAGGCAAGGGUUAACGUUACAGCUCAGUAGCUAGCAACACAGACAGAUAACGUCAACAUAUCAACGUUAGUUAGCCCUCAAACCACCAGACAUUACCACCUACCAUAUCCACCUGAUGCAACUUGAUGGACGACUACGACAAGUUUGUUCAGCAUCGUCUCUCCCGUCUGAGGAAAAGUGAGGAGGAACAACAUAAACCCUUACCUGCAUCCUCGCUCAUCCGCUUCUAUGGACGGCCCAUCCUGCCUCCCCUGCUCUCAGGGGAGCAGAGGGAGGAGAUGCAGCGCCACAGAGAUGCAGCGCAGAAAGCUGCUGUCCACAGAAAGUUGAAGGGUGAUCCAAGAAUGGCCUUUGUGCAAACUAUCCUGCACAGUGUUCAGCUGAGGAAGACGCCAACACUGGAGGAGUUGCUUCAAGAAUCAGAUGUUACCACAAAAUCUUCAUAUUCCCAUAACACUGAUGGUGGAUCAGUGUCACAGAGCAGUUAUUUCAUAGGAACAAAGGAUAGACUUUUGCUCUCACCACCACUUGAAAGGAAACAGAAGAAUGGUGUUUCUCUUCCUCUGCUGACAUCAACCACACAUAGUGCCUUUUUCGCCUCUAAUGUGACACCUCAGCAAAGUUACCAGAAAGGAUGCCUUAUUGAUCAACAUUGCAGCCAACAGGGGUCUCAGCCAAGUUUCCUUAACUGUGUGAGUCACCAGUCAGUAUCCUCCGGUUACGUGACCUAUGAGAAUGUUGAAAACACCACCACUGUCUCUGGAGGGAUUGAUGCUGGGAGAGAGAGCCGUGACAUUGGCUCCUCAGAAGGAGCUUGUAAUACAGGUGGCUUUUUCCUUCACAACACCUCAAACACAAUUGCCAAGAUGCCAGAUAUUAUCAGCCACCCUCCCAUAGAUGGAGAGGAAUUGGAGAGGAGUGGACUGGAAUCAUCCUUUAAUAAUGACUUUAUAGUUGUAAAAGACAUUUGUUGCUCUUCACUCCAAGAGGGCUCAAUUAUAUGUGACCAUUUACCAGUAGAGAAAUCUAAAAGCAGUCAUGUGGACAGCACAGGGUGUGAAGAUAACCUUCCAGUUACUACAGUAGUUAACCUUGACAAAGAUCACAGUUUGGACAGAAUUGAAGGCUCAGUCUCUUCAUCAGAAAACAGUCACAUUUCAGGCAAUCCAGAGUUGCCACAGAUAUUGGCCACCCAUUGCUGUCCAACAGCAGAGCUGCACAUUCAGCACUGCUCCACAGAAACAGAACCAGUAGGCAACCAUGUAGAUGAAGCAGAGCCACCUGAGGAGCCUUAUCGUCUGAGCCUCCAGGCCUUGCUGAAGAAAUCUCAGGAGUAUCGGCGGCGCCAGCGGAUGCUUAGGAACCAAGCCAAAAACACUAAAAUCCAGGAGAGGACCCAAGAACAGCUAAGAGAAAGGGCGGAGGAGCAGAGCCUCUCUGAUAAGGAGAAUAACGAGUUCCCGUACAAGGGCACCGUGACUACAGAGGGGAAGAAAACUAAAGAGAGGAGAGGCACUUUUAUCCCAUCAGUGGAAACAUCACCAAAGAAAUCCUGGGAAAAUGAGAGGAUGGUUGAAAGUGAGUUUCUUGGGAAAAAGGCAGAUUUUAAAUGUGAAAACACACAUUUAACAGGAAAUGGAAAUGGUAAGGAAAUGACUAAUGUCGAGGAAGAAACAACCUUGAAAAAUAAUAAGCUGAACAUUUCACAUGAGGUCAUAACGGAGCCUAAACAAAUCAGCGCCUUCCCCCAGCAACAGGCCAUGUCGACAGAAACCUCACCUGCUCAGGAACCUUUUUACUUGAACAACUGUCUCAUAGCAUUUCAUAAAAGCGUAGGGAACUACUACACUAUUCCUGCCCCUAAAUUCUGUAGGAGUCCUGUUCGCUGCAAAAGCAAAGGCAGUAUGCAAGAUGAAGAAACUGCUGACAGGGCCGAGACCUUAAAGAGGACAGUUUUGGUCAAUACUGGUUUAAAUGAAGACCACAAGGUUGAAGAAGUUAACCUGCAACGUCAAAACGCUCGCACAGCAGUUCAUCCUGUGAAUCUCAUCGGUCAAGGUGAUGUAACAAGUGUUUCAGCCAAGAGUUCACAGCACAUAGAUCAGCUUGAGUCCAGCCUGUCCGGUCUGAAAUUACUGAUAUCAGAUCUGGAGUCCACACUGGCAGAAAAGUUGGGGAAUCACAGUCAAACUGAGAGCAACACGCAAAGAGAGUUUAGUUUGGAAGACAUGAAGCAAUCUGAACAAAUUAAAAAUGAACAACAUACACAGCUGUGUCAAAGUGAUUGUGAGUAUGGGGUGGAUGGUGGCAGUGAUGCAGAGCAAGACCAAAGGUACAAAGAGUGGCCGAGAAGACAAUCAUUUGACAAUUUCAGGACCAUGGAUAAAGAUACAAGAGCUGAACCAGACAUCAAUGACACGGAUGAUGUUCCUCUCAUAGAGCAGGUGAAAGGCACUGAGGCAGUUAACUUAAGCGAGCUCAGGCUAGUCAAAACCAUAGCUACAGACAGAGCAAAGGAAAAAGCGACAUGUAAUGAAGGACUUACAAAGGGUUAUGGACAGCAUGGCGGCUGUAGAAAGCAGCAGCCCCCAGCUAAAUGUAUCCUCUCGUUAACACAGCGGCUGCGAAUUCCUGACAUAUUCAGAAAUGUUCCUUCUGAACCCACAGCUCCGCACAAUGUCUCAGUGCUUUCAGAUACCAGUAUCUGUCCAGUGGAAAGGAAGGAUGAGACAGCUGUAGAGGGUCACGACUUUACCCACCUGCCAUCGCUCAACCAGUCGUAUGAUGUAGACGCACCGUCUGGUCUGUGGUUCCUCGAAGGAUCAGGGUCUGAUUUGAGCUCAAAAGGUCAUCUUGUUCAGGAGAAACAUCUGACCCCAGAGAGUGAGGGUGACGGUCAGGGCGGGGUAUCCAAGGUCAAACGAAGACUGCUCAUGCACGUAAUGGAGGAGACACGGGAAAGGAGUGCAGAUACCAGCAGAGGGGCAGGCUCUGCGGUCAGACCCAACUCCAGCACUCCUAGAGCUGCAGUGCGGCAAUACGAAGGCCAUGGCAGUCAAAAAGACAAGCAGGAACAACUGAAACAGGCCCACACUGCUCAGAUCAGAGCCCUGCAGGAGGAGCACAGGAGGCAACAGGAAGAGCUACUGCAGGCAUUGGCAGUGCGUUACCGUCUCCUCCAGAGUGUGUCCUUCCCAUGCUCCAUGUCAAGCUCACAUCUUGGGGACACGUUGACCUUUUCUACACCCUCUCAGCCUUUCAGCACACUGUCAGAGCGCUACCGCCCCCUGCUGUUAGCAGCUGUCAAAGGUUUUCUGACUCGCAGGCUCCUCAAGACUGAGAGAGUGGCACAGCUGGUGCGCACCAUCAGGGACACACAGCAGUUCCUGCAGGCCCUCCAGCAGCAGAGCCCUGGCAGAGGAGAGUUCUGUAGCAGACAGGACCUUUUGUUGCAGGAAAGAGUCACUCUGCAGCUGCGCGCUGCACGUUACGAGGUCAGCGACAUAUUCUUCAGCCUGUCAGCCGGAGAAAGGAUACAGCUGAUCAGCUGGGACAGAGAGCUGGCCCAGGAGAGGGAGCGCCGACGACAGAGAGGGCACAUAGGCCGACCCAGAGGAAAGAGUUCUCUGUCAGCUGCAACAAAGAAAUCGCUGGAGAGGAAGAGAGGAAUGAUGAUCCAGAAAAAGGCUGCAGGAAGGCACAGGGGAGUUGUGACGGCGACUGGACACAACACUGGAUUCUCUGGCAAGCAGCUGCAAGAAACCAAACGAGGAGAGUUUGGAGCAAAUCCUCAGAGGGUCCCCAAGAGCACUUACUCCUCUAGACCCCGAUGACACUUUUUUAAUUGGCCCCAGUGAGGACUCCUAAUAAGGCCUCUAGCGAUUACAUGAAUAUUGUAUGACUAAUCAUUUGAGAGUUUCCAAAUCCAGAUUUGACACAAAGUGAUGUCUGUUGCUGACGAAUACAUCAUUGUAUUUCACAUGUAGUGUGCUGUGACAUUUUUUACACUCUACAACCAGGGUGUAAUUUACAGGUCCACUGUCAGUCAGACAGUGACAUUGAGUGGAUGCUCAGGAGGGACUGAAACAUCACUGCAACUGCUCUGUCAGUACCAGAAAUUCUGCUUCCAGUAUUUAGUGGACUGAUGUUGAAGAUGUUAGUGGGACAAAAUGUUGGCAAAAAACACUUUGACAUCCUUUCAACCUGAACCUUUAAACCUCUGUGCACUGUGCCUGAAAUAUGUUUGUAUGGAAGGAAAAGCUCAGUUGUCAUGAAUAACACCCGGACACUAAGACACCUAACUGGAAUGCAGCCAUGUUUUUGUCACACCUGUGUUUAUGGUGCUGUGGUAUGGUCAAAAUAUCUCUUGUGAAAAGGGCUUAUUAAGCAGGUAAUAAGUUCAGUUGGUUUUGGGUGCUAGUGUUUUUCCAAUGUUCACUUGCUACUUUUUAGGAAAGACUUCAACAUUUAAUUAUUCAGUUUAAUCAAAGUUAUGUGCCUAUGUCAUUACCACCUGAAACAGACCAUCUUCAGCUGUAUUAGCACAUAUUGAACUGUUAAUAUUAGUACUGUAGGACAGUGUGCUUGCUGCAGAUCUUGGUGUUACUGUGCUGCUAGGAUUUGGACAGUGUGUAACUCCAAAGUGUUGCCUUAAAUAUUUUUCCUAGACACAGUCACAUGUCAGCCAAAACACCUUUACAAUAUUUACUUUGGACCUGCUUUAUGUGUUAUUUAUUUGUAUGUGGUUGGUAAUAAAUGUUUCUA